GAGCUGCAGCUUAGAGGUGGAUAAAGUUCGUCUCCACGUUGGAAGUGUAGAAAGUACUACUCGUUUUCAGGCACUGUUUUUACUUUGUGGGAGCGACGAUAAGUCACAGAGGACAUUUGGAGUGUACAAACACAGAGACUCGGCGGCGAGGGGACAGUUUUUGUUGUUGAUGAGCGCACAGCGCACAAAGAAAAGUUUUCCCAGGACAUAAAGUUGUCAAGUGAGUUGAACUUCAACAAUAGGCGGACUCUAUCGCAAUACAGUUAACGGACUGUCACGGGACCUAUGUAAACAGUCGACCUUGGACUUUUUUUUUUUCUAAGGAGAAAAGAAGAGAACUCCCUCAGGGUGAACAAAACUUUAUGUCCAGAAAAAUGGAAGCGACAUUCUACGAGGAAGCCUCCAACUCUCAGCAUGACGGGGCGGCGGUGUACGGGUUCAACCCCAAAACCCUCAAACAAACCAUGACCCUGAAUCUAAACGACCCGAAAAACUUUAAACCUCAUCUGGGCGCCAAGGCAAUGGACAUCCUGACGUCCCCAGAUGUCGGGUUACUGAAGCUGGCCUCACCUGAACUGGAGAGACUGAUCAUCCAGUCCUGCAAUGGGCUGACAACUCCCACCCCGACCCAGUUCAUCUGUCCCAAGAACAUCACCGACGAGCAGGAGGGCUUUGCUGAAGGGUUUGUGAGGGCACUGGCUGAGCUCCACUACCAGCAGCAGAUACCUGCUGCCCAACCUGACCCGCAGACCGGGUCGGCCAACGGCAUGACAUCCGGCUCCGCUGCGCCUGAGAGCGGCGGGAUUCCCUACAGCUGCACGGUGCGCACGGAGCCGCCGGAGUACACAAACUUGAACAGUUUCACUCGGGCCGUAGGCUCUACGUCUGCACCUGCCGGCGAGAGGCAGCCACCUACAAGUUACCCGGCCGCCCCCCAGCCGUCCCACAACCACAUGGACCACCAGCUGGCGGCAGCGCAGCACCCGCGGCUACAUGCGCUCAAAGAGGAGCCACAGACGGUGCCGGAGAUGUCCGGUGAUACCCCACCGCUCUCUCCUAUCGACAUGGAGACCCAAGAGCGGAUCAAAGCAGAAAGGAAGCGCAUGAGGAACAGGGUGGCCGCGUCCAAAUGCCGGAAAAGGAAGCUGGAGAGGAUCGCUCGACUGGAGGAGAGGGUCAAAAACCUAAAGAGCCAAAACACGGAGUUGGUUUCCUCUGCCAACGUCCUCCGGGACGAGCUGGCUCUGCUCAAACAAAAGGUGAUGGACCACGUUAACAGCGGCUGCCAGCUCAUUUUGACGCAGCAGCUCCAAGCUUACUAGACUGCCAAGGGGAAAGGAACCAAGGGACACUUCUUGGGGACCAAAUGCAGCUUAAAGCGGCCUGUUCAGCCUUUCAGGGAAGUCUAGGCGCAUUUUUCUCCACCUAAAUAACCGCUCAGACUGUAUCCACGUGGAGGGUGACUGACAAGAUACUUGUUACGGUGAAUUAUUAGAGAGCAGAAGCCAUCAAAGUUAUUGCACAGGCGCACUCAGAGGGAACCUUUGCUCUACCAGCACCUCUGAUCUGGCUUGUUUCUGGCAUUUUUGUCUUUAUCAUUUAUUUCCACCUUAAACUACAUAAUGAAAUCUGUACUCUGUCAAACCAGCAAUGGAAAAUGUCCACACCUUGUCACCUGACUGUGGCCCCACAUCCUGCACCCCAGCUGGAGGAGAGUUAGGGAUUGUGCGGGAUCAAACUGCAGAGACACAAUGUGAACCAAGCCUUUCACUAUGUCAAGUAGCAAUGUAUGCAUAUAGACCUGAGUCAAGCACUGAGUAUCCCAUGCACCAGCGACUAUAUGUACAGAACACUAACAAAAAAAAAAAAAAAGUUCACACCGUCACCUAAACAUUCACAGGUGUGUUUACUGACAAAACUGCCUUAAUUUCUUAAUACUUAUCAUGCAACUUUGCGAUAUAGGUGUAACUCAUGUUAAACCUCAAGUAACACUCAGUAAUAUUUGUACGCAGUAUUUUGAGCACUUAACUGUAAAUAUGAGAAAAUAAAGUGUUGGACAUGCGA